AUGCUGCUUCUAGCUCCAGCUUUUUUCCUAACACUGCUGCAGUGCUCUAAUGCCCAAAUUACACCUGCAGACUGUAACACCACUGAAACAGAUGCAGGAGUGGCCCUGGAUUUGGUCAACAGACAUCGCAGAGAUGGUUAUGUGUUUGGUUUAUUCCGUGUUGCUGAUGCACAGGAACUGCACUUAGACAAUUCAACAGUCCUCUACCUGACUUUAGAUGUGCUGGAAACGGAAUGCUCUGUCUUAUCCAGAAGACACUGGGAGUCCUGUGAAUACAGUGACACCUAUCCAAUGGACUUUGGGCAAUGUAAGAUUAUCACAUAUACAAACCAUCUGCUGAAGAAACCUCAACUAUAUGGAUUUAAUUGUACAUUAAGUCCAGUUCCACCUGACUUACUAGAGUGCAAAGAUUGUCCUGUGAAACUUGAAGCCUUAGAAGUCAUUGAGCAACAUAAAGACAUUGCUGAAAAGGCCCUGAAGAAAUUCAAUAAUGAGGGUAACCACACAAACAACUUUGCAGUGGAUAAAGUUGAAAGAAUUUUAAAGAUGACUGCGUCCCGUGAAGGUCACAUUUUAGGAUUCUCUAUAAAAGAGACCAACUGUUCCAAAUCUAUGCAGGAAACAGAUCAGGCAUUGGAAUGUGAUUUUCUGCAUGACUGGCACGCUCACACCGGAUUCUGCAAGGCAAGAAUUCUCAGUGAUACAGAUGAAGCUGAUGGGACAGACAUAAGCUGUGAAAUCUACCAUCCCUGGCACCAUGGCUGUGGGCGAAGAGGGAAAUAUUCAGCUCUGGGACAUCCACACAGACAUCCCCAUUGUCAUCAUCAUCAUUUUGGUCACAGACAUUGCCAUAAGCAUCACCACAGACAUGAAUAUCCCUCCUCUUCUCAGUCCAGACCUGAAGACCCUGAGCAUAACCCCAAAUCCAGCAAGGAAGAUCAAGACAGCAAUGAAAGACAUUCUUCUCCCCCUCCUCCCCUUGAUGAACCAGAUCACGACCAUCCUCCUUCCCAUGAUCAUGGACCAGACCAUGACCAUCCUCCUCACCACCAUGGACCACCCUGUCCUCCUCACCACCAUGGACCACCCUGUCCUCCUCCCCACCACCAUGGACCGCUCUGUCCUCCUCCCCACCAUGGACCAGACCAUGACCAUCCUCCUCACCACCAUGGACCACCCUGUCCUCCUCACCACCAUGGACCACCCUGUCCUCAUCCCCACCACCAUGGACCACCCUGUCCUCCUCACCACCAUGGACCUCCCUGUCCUCCUCCCCACUACCAUGGACCAGAUCAUGACCAUCCUCCCCACCACCACGGACCAGAACAUGACCAUCCUCCCCACCACCAUGGACCACCCUGUCCUCCUCCUCACCACCAUGGACCUCCCUGUCCUCCUCCUCACCACCAUGGACCUCCCUGUCCUCCUCCCCACCACCAUGGACCAGAUCAUGACCAUGCUCCUCACCACCAUGGACCAGAUCAUGAUCAUCCUCCUGAACCCCAUGGACCAGAACACGACCAUCCUCCCCACCACCAUGGACCAGAUCAUGACCAUCCUCCUCACCACCAUGGACCACCCUGUCCCCCUCCUCAUGGACCAUGUCACCACCAUCCUCCUCACCAUCACGGACCACACUGUCCCCCUCCUCCAGGACACCCUCCUCAUCACUGUCAUCACUAUCACAGACAUCAUCACAACAAGACAAGCAUAUCAGGAAAGUAUUUUCCAUGCCAUGUAACAGGAGCUGUCUAUCGCAUCCCACUUGUAAAUCAGCAGGAUUCUCUCACACCUCCCACUGCAAACUUUCCUGAACUAUCCCAAUGCAACCUACACUUUUCCAGCACUGGCUCAAAACUAAACGAGAUGGCAGAAACUCUAGGUUUUCCAGAUCACCCUACACAAUCAAAAUCAUGCCCUGGAAAACCCAAACUUGACCUUCCAAAAAUUUUGCCUUUAUUUCCUCAUAGCUUUGUAGCAGAAAAUUCUCCUAUAUGA